CAAACUCCUCCUGCUUCCUGUUGCUUUCUGGGAAACACUGCGCUGGUGUAAAGUUACAGCAGAAGAGAAAGUCUAAAAGCACACCUGAAGACGGGAUUCUGCUUCUGGCUGAUUUUAUACUCUGAAACUGAAAUGUCGACUGUCGGAGCCAUGAAUCCUUCAACGAUUGUCAUCCAGCUUCAGCCACUGACACAAACAGCAACUGUGACUGGGACCAGUUCUUCUGUGCCUGUUCACAUACAGCAUGUAGCAGGAGUUUCACCUCUUCAAAGAAUUCAGCUCUUUCUGAGAGGCCAACCGAAAGCCCUUGGGACUGUCCAGAUAAUGAUCGGUGUGUUGACCUUCCUGUUGGGAAUCGUGUGUACAGGUUAUGGAAAUUAUGUCUUCAUCAACACUGGUGUUUCUUACUGGGGAUCUCUGAUUUACAUUGCUGCAGGCUCGCUCUCCAUUGCUGCUGAAAACAAAAUUAAUUCACCAACUGCAUUAAGUUUGGUGAGAGCUUCCCUCGGGAUGAACAUUUUCAGUGCUAUAGCUGCAGGCAUUUCCAUUAUUGUGCUGUCACUGAUUUUGGCUUUAGGACCUAUCAGCAGUUACAGAGGAAACUCUUAUUAUUAUGAUCAGAGGAGUCUCCUCUCAGGAGUCAGUGGUGUGUUGCUGGUGUUAGCCAUACUUGAGUUCUUCAUCUCCUUCUGCCUAUCUGCGUUUGCCUGUAAAGUCAGCUGCUGCUAUUAUCCUCAGAUUCCUGUGGUCAGCAACCCUUUAAUUCAACACCCUCCAGCAGAAAUCCCCGUACAGUAUAUUCAAUGCCCUCAAGAAAUCCCUGAACCAUACUUUCAACAUCCUCCUGCAGAAGCUCCCCCAGCGUACGCUGAAGGCAAAUAAAUGCUAAUCAACAUGAAAAAACUGGGCAGAGUGGUGGGUCUUCUGUUUUGAUGCUGUGACGAUUCUGGUUUCCUUGUGUAUCUGAUCUGAAUAAAGCACAUCAUCAUUAAGUGUAAAAUGAUUAUUAUAGUCGUCACCAUAGAUAUCGCUGUGUAUUUUACAUUCACAUGUGUAUUGUUUUGUGUUUGCUAUUACCUAUGUGUAUUUUUAAAUGUCAUUUGUUUGUUUAUACUGAUAAAUUGGAUUUGUUUUAUGACUAGCA